GCAGCAUUCUCGAGCAUGGGGGAAUCGGAUAGGAGCGGGCCCAGCAACAAUGCUAAGCCAUCGGACGCUGAUCCCCACCAAGAUCUCGCUACCACAUGGCAGCAUCUGGUUAGCGCUGGCUGCAAAGAGUCGGCUCCGAUAUCCGGGGUGUUGAAGGAGAGCCAAUGGUUUGGUGCGGGCGUGGCAGCGUCCUCAUCCACUACCUCAUUUAUUCCUCCUAUUAAACCUCUCUGCGCCCGUCUCACUGGUGGUGCUACUGCCUCCCACACCUCCCUCCAACCUCAUCCUAUCAAACACUCUUCUCUAAUGGCUGCUGCUUCCGCGCUCCAACGCUCCGCUUUCGCUGGUCAGACUGCGUUGAAGCAGCAGAAUGAGCUCGUCCGGAAGGUUGGCGUCUUCCAAGGCCGGAUCUCGAUGCGCCGAACCGUAAAGAGUGCUCCCCAGAGCAUGUGGUAUGGGCCGGACCGACCCAAAUACUUGGGUCCGUUCUCGGAGCAGACGCCGUCCUACCUGACAGGGGAGUUCCCAGGGGACUACGGGUGGGACACGGCGGGGCUGUCUGCCGAUCCGGAGACAUUCGCCAAGAACAGGGAGCUGGAGGUGAUCCACUGCCGAUGGGCAAUGCUGGGCGCCCUAGGCUGCGUCUUCCCUGAAAUCCUCUCCAGAAAUGGCGUCAAGUUCGGCGAGGCCGUCUGGUUCAAGGCCGGGGCCCAGAUCUUCUCCGAGGGCGGCCUUGACUACCUUGGCAACCCCAACCUCAUUCAUGCGCAGAGCAUCCUCGCCAUCUGGGCCUGCCAGGUUGUCCUCAUGGGCUUUGUCGAAGGCUACCGUGUCGGCGGAGGCCCAUUGGGUGAGGGACUCGACGCCAUCUACCCCGGCGGCGCCUUUGACCCCCUCGGCCUGGCCGACGACCCCGAGGCCUUUGCUGAGCUCAAGGUGAAGGAGAUCAAGAACGGCCGCCUUGCCAUGUUCUCCAUGUUCGGCUUCUUCGUGCAGGCCAUCGUCACCGGCAAGGGCCCCAUCGAGAACCUCUUCGACCAUCUCGCCGACCCGGCCACCAACAAUGCAUGGGCCUAUGCCACCAACUUUGUUCCUGGCAAGUGAUUCACUAAUGAAAUAAGAUGCUUGCUACCUCUCCGCUUCUACUCUUUACUAGUGUUGUAACAAUGAGUCAUAUCUGUAUCUAUGCAUAUCAAUCACUGAGAUUCACUCUGCUGCCUGUAAUUCAACCUUUAUAGCGCUUGCUUACCCUCUGCGGCAGUGUGUUUUAUGUGCAAAGAAAGAAAAACAAUAAAGCUGGCUUGCUAGUGGGAGGGAA